AGCGCCACUGUCUGCCGCCCACCUGGCGCUGUGAGAUUGGCGCUGCCACCAUGUUCCCCAGCCCUGCGCUCACACCCACGCCCUUCUCGGUCAAAGACAUCCUGAACCUGGAGCAGCAGCAGCGCAGCCUGGCAGCCGGGGAGCUCUCAGCGCGCCUGGAGGCCACCCUGGCACCCGCGUCCUGCAUGCUGGCUGCCUUCAAGCCCGAGGCCUACUCUGGGCCCGAGGCGGUGGCGCCCGGCCUCCCCGAGCUGCGAGCCGAGCUGGGCCCCGCGCCUUCACCCCCAAAGUGCGCUCUUGCCUUCCCGGCCGCCCCCGCCUUCUACCCGCGCGCCUACGGCGAGUCUGACCCGACCAAGGACCUUCGCGCUGAUAAGAAAGAGCUGUGCGCGCUGCAGAAGGCCGUGGAGCUGGAGAAGCCGGAGGCGGACAGCGCGGAGCGGCCCCGGGCGCGACGGCGGAGGAAGCCACGCGUGCUCUUCUCACAGGCGCAGGUCUACGAGCUGGAGCGGCGCUUCAAGCAGCAGCGGUACCUGUCGGCUCCCGAGCGCGAUCAGCUGGCCAGCGUGCUGAAGCUCACGUCCACGCAGGUCAAGAUCUGGUUCCAGAAUCGGCGCUACAAGUGCAAGCGGCAGCGACAGGACCAGACUUUGGAGCUGGUGGGGCUGCCCCCGCCGCCGCCGCCCCCUGCCCGCAGGAUCGCGGUGCCAGUGCUGGUGCGUGACGGCAAGCCCUGCCUUGGGGACUCUGCGCCCUAUGCACCAGCCUACGGCGUGGGCCUCAACGCCUAUGGCUAUAACGCCUACCCCGCCUACCCGGGUUAUGGCGGCGCAGCCUGCAACCCAGGCUACAGCUGCGCAGCCGCUUACCCCGCCGGGCCUCCCUCGGCGCAGCCCGCCACGGCUGCGGGCAACAACAACUUCGUGAACUUCGGCGUCGGGGACUUGAACGCUGUGCAGAGUCCCGGGAUUCCGCAGGGCAACUCCGGGGUGUCCACACUGCACGGUAUCCGAGCCUGGUAGGGAAGGGAUUCGCCUGGGGCGCCCCCGACCCAUCCCACCUCAAGAGAAGGGCACCGACUGUGGGG